UAAAAAUAUAUAUACGCUGCGCGGAUAUUUGAGGGAAACACCAUCGCAAGGGGGUAUUUCCGGACCGUGAUGAACUUUGCUAGUGUGCGGCAUUUCCCAGUGCUUCACAUAAGACGGAAACAUGGUGCAGAUGAGGACCGUGAAACCGCUUCCAUCCCAGCAGACCGUUUUCCACUUGCGUUGUAAUGACACUGUGUCCCCCGCUUUCGUCAGCCUUGGCGAUACCUGGCCAGCCUCCUGCGGAGCUUGAGCGAGGGCACCUCUGGCUUCUUUUCGAGCAGUUAAGAUGACAUUAAAAUCCAAUAAGAACGAACCCGCUGUGGCAUUCGAGCGGGUCAACAGUGUCCGAACAGCCCUUUCCGAUCUAUACCUGGAACAACUGCUGCAAAACAAGCCCAAGUCAGAGAAGGCAGCCAUGCAGACCCAUGAGGCCAAGGGAGAGGAGGUGUACACCAACGGCAGCACCGGGCACAUGAACGGCAAAGAGCUGACCAAGAUGCGUGAGGUGGCGUUCGAAAAGAACCCUUCUGAGCCCAUGGGCGUGACACUUAAACUGAACGAGAGGCAGAGGUGCACUGUGGCUAGGAUCCUGCAUGGGGGGAUGAUACACAGACAAGGUUCCCUCCACGAAGGAGAUGAGAUAGCGGAGAUCAAUGGGAAGAGUGUGGCUAACCAGUCUGUGGAUCAGCUACAAAAGAUACUGAAAGACACGCACGGAACAGUCACCAUGAAGAUCAUUCCCAACCAGCAAAGCCGCUCCCUUCCUUGUGAGAUGUAUGUGAGAGCUCAGUUUGACUACAAUCCCACCAAGGAUGACCUCAUCCCAUGUAAAGAGGCGGGGCUGAAGUUCCAAACGGGCGACGUCAUCCAGAUCAUCAACAAGCAGGAUCCGAACUGGUGGCAGGGCAGGGUGGAGAGCUCGGCAGCUGACUACGCCGGGCUCAUUCCCUCCCCCGAGCUGCAGGAAUGGCGCGCAGCCAGCAAAAGCAAGGCGGCCACACAGGGAAGCCAGUCCUGCAGCCCCUUCGGCAAGAAGAAGAAGUGCAAAGACAAGUAUCUGGCCAAGCACAGCUCCAUAUUUGACCAGCUGGAUGUAAUUUCCUACGAAGAGGUGGUGCAGCUCCCCGCUUUCAACAGAAAAACCCUGGUGCUGAUCGGUGCCCCAGGAGUGGGAAGAAGCCAUAUCAAAAACACAUUGCUGACCAAAUACCCAGAGAAGUUUGCCUACCCAGCACCCCACACCACUAGGCUACCAAAGAAGGACGAGGAGGACGGGAAGGAUUACUAUUUCAUCUCCACCGAGGCCAUGACCAAGUGCAUCACGGAGAACCAGUUCCUGGAGUACGGCAGCUUCCAGGGGAACAUGUUCGGCACCAAACUGGAAACGAUCCAAAAGAUUCACGAGCAAGGCAAGAUCGCCCUGCUGGACGUCGAGCCACAGACUCUGAAACUCCUACGGACAGCAGAGUUCGCUCCCCUUGUGGUGUUCAUUGCCCCCACCAACACUGCAAAUCAGUCUGAGUCCUUGCAGCUGAUCCAGAAGGAGUCGGACGCCAUAUUCGGUGCCUACAAACACUACUUCGACCUGACGCUGGUGAACAACGAUGUGGACGAGAGUGUGAAGGGCGUGGAGGAGGCCAUGGAGCGCGCCACCUCCACCCCGCAGUGGGUGCCAGUGUCCUGGGUGUACUAACCUGUCCCGCCCACUAAGACCCCCGUUCGAAAUCCCUGCUGGUGCAAUACCCCCACAAAACCCCAACCACCCGUUCCUGCAGCUGUUGCAACUGGCAGCUGUGUGCCAUGAGAAACGUAACUGUCGGAGUUGUUUCGCACCUUAGCAUUCACGACUGCACACGAGCAAUACUUAUGCCGUUAUUUUAGAUAUUCAUACCAAUGAUUGUUGUGAACCCAACAGUACGUUGUUAGAUGAUGAAAGAACUGAAUGCAGAUGUGAAGAUGAAUUUACCCAUAUUUUUGUGCCAAUAUGUUGUUGUCCACGCCAUCAAGACAUGAUAGUUGCUAUGCUAGCAACACAAACGAGGACCACUACUGUGAAAUUAACAAUACUUGUAUAACAGGGAUCCAUUUGAUGUUCCUUUGCUGUGGUUCCAUUGCUAGUGCCAUCAUGAAGGAAAAUGCCAUACUCUGUUGUAAAUAUACAAGUUUUGAUCAAACAGUCUAGUGAUAUAGGGGAAAUAGUAUGUAACACUUAUUUAAAUUGAUCAUACAUUAUUCUUUGAUUUGUUAAAGGUGAGUGAACCAUGUUUUUUUUUUUUUUUUUGAAAAUUUAGUUUUCAUGUGUCUGACACUCAUUAAAAUGGUAACGAUACAUACCUCAUGUCUCAAUGUAAGGCACUUUUGGAAUGACCAUUAAAAAGCCCCCUUAAGUCAA